AUGAAUUUUCUGGAUGCUCUGAGCAUCUCGCCCGUCGAAUUUCGUGUUUGGGGUAUCAGUUUGCUCUACGGACUGAUUGACAAGUCGCCCAUCCAAGUGACCGCUGAGUUGACCGCGCAACCGGCCUACUACGAGGCUCUGGUGCAUCUAUUGACAUUGGAGCCGAUCAGAAAGCCAAUCGACGACCGGAUGCAUCAAUCUGCUACCGGCUCUCUAUUCGGUAAUCUGGAAGUCAACAAUGAGGUAAGCUAUAAACAUUUUCUACAACUGCAUGGCACUAGGCUAAACUAG